AAAUCACCCGUUAUUUUGCCGAAAUCCGGGUAGUUUCUCGUGAAAGCUCCUUGCCUCCUUCCUCCUCGUCUAAUCACCGACAUCUACGCAUCCCCUCUCGCCCAAACUGUCAAUUUUUCACCAGCACAUAGGCGCUCCACACGAAGGGUAUAAGUAGUUCAGCCAUUCUCGUCAUUGUAUCCACCAGAGAGCAGCGCGUGCUCCCCACUCACCUAUAAUCGCCCACCCCUUCCGAUCCCGCCACCAACUCUACGCUCGCCACCACGAGCCUUGAAUCCCCCAUUCCAGCCGUUAGAGGCUCAUCAAUUCCUCCCUCACUACGAGUCGAUUGUCGGACCUUUUCUGUCCCCAUCACCAUGGCGCGCGCUGUUCUCGGUCUGCUGCUGCUGCUCCUCAUCGCCCCAUCCGCCGUGCUUGCUCGCAAGCGCGCGUCGCAGUCGUCCGGCUGCGUCAAGUCGACGCUCCCGGGGUACACGUCAGCAGUCGACCUCAACGGCAAAGGACUCAUGUUUCACUGGAAGGUCUCAGGAUCGACUCUCAGCGCCGCCGUUCAGACAACAUCCAACAAGGGCUCAGUCUCCGUCGGCUUCUCUAAGGGCGGCAAGAUGUUCCCCGCAGACGUUGUCACUGGCUAUAGCGGAGGCGCUGUUAAGGCGUAUAAGCUCACUGGCUAUUCAGGCGGCACCGCGAGCAAAGUAAAAGCCAGUGGCAUUAGCUCAACUACCUUCAAGUUUACUCGCUCGGGCAACGACGGAACUGUGCCCAUCAACUACGCGGGCUCCAACACUCUCAUCUGGGCGUAUGGAACUAGCAACAAGAAGCUGACUGACCAUGGCAAGAACCGUGGUUCCAAGUCUGUUGACUUGACUUGUGUCGGCUAACCAGACGGUGCCACCAGAAAGUGCCAUGCUUUGGUGUCUUAGUUAAUAGACCUCGUUAGGGUAAGUGCCAUGCUUUGAGGAUAAUUAUGUUGUGGGCGAAUUGAAGUAGCUAAACCCUCAUCAAAUUCAGCACGUGUGUUAUAACGAGCCAAAGGUCUUGGGUUCAAUUCCCAGUGCCAGCGCUGCAGAGGCGCUCGUGUCUUCCACCUGUCCCAGCGGGGGGGGGGGUGUUGAGUGACCCGCUGGGGUUGCCCUUGAGAUCCUCGGAGAAGGGCCACAGGUGCAGAGCCUGGGGGGCUAUGGGCGCACUUACCCGCUAUUCAACAAGCCCUUUUAACCCAGUGGUUAGUGGCUGGGUUUCUGACAUGGUAUCAGAGCCAAAGGUCUUGGGUUCAAUUCCCAGUGCCAGCGCUGCAGAGGCGCUCGUGUCUUCCACCUGUCCCAGCGGGGGGGGGGGGUGUUGAGUGACCCGCUGGGGUUGCCCUUGAGAUCCUCGGAGAAGGGCCACAGGUGCA